UCGAUAUUCUCAAAGCUCUUUUGGACGCCGCCGUGGUCGAGAUGGAAUCCGGAAAGAGACUUUGAAAUGAAUUGGAGCUUGACAUGUCUGUUUGGAUUUGUGGCUGCGUUUAGUGUCGCGAAUCUCUACUAUACCCAUCCGAUUCUUCAUGUCAUAGCGGUAGAUUUUGAUAUUUCAGAGGAGCGUGCGUCGCUCGUUCCAACGCUGCUUCAGACUGGCUAUGCGACUGGCUUGCUCUUCAUCGUCCCGGUGGGAGAUCUUGUGCUUCGCCGGCGGAUGAUUAUUUGCUUAGUUUUUGUGACCUCCAUGAUUUGGCUUGGCUGCUGCCUGACGAAGAAAUUCGAAGUCUUCCUCGGCCUAUCAUAUAUUGUUGGUCUCUUCACCGUCACGCCGCAACUCAUGUUUCCCCUGACGGUGCGCUAUGCUCCCGCCCGGCAUCGAGCCACGAUGACGGCCAUUGUCAUGUCCGGGCUUGUCUUUGGAGUCCUGAUUGCGCGUUUGUUUUCCGGCAUUGUAACCCAGUAUGCGGGUUGGCGCGUCAUGUACUGGGUGUCCUUUGGCCUGCAACUUGCAAUUAUCCUUCUCGUCUUUCUGUUCAUGCCGGAUUUUCCUAUUCUGCGGCCUGGCGGAUCCUAUCCCGGUGUUCUUCUCAAGAUGGUACAGCUGCCUUUCCAAUAUCCCGAGUUGACCCAGUCGUCCAUAGUGGCCUUUCUGAACAUGGGAAUGUUCACGUCCUUCUGGACGACUUUGACGUUUCAGCUGGCUGGCCCUACUUUCAAUUUGUCGACUCUAGUCAUUGGUCUUUUUGCCUUGGUUGGCAUGUCGCCGGUUAUAAUCAGCCCUCUGUUCACUCGCUAUGUGAUGGUACAUCUUCAUCCAACCGGCUCUUUGAUCAUAGCGCAAUUGAUAUUGAUCACGGCUGCUUGCAUCGGAACAUUUACCGGCACAUUUUCGCUGGCAGGACCCAUCAUCUGGGCCUGCAUUGGAGACUUGGGUAACAACAUUGCGACUGUGUCCAACCGCAUGCUGUUUGCACAUGUCGAACCCACUGCGCAAAACACCGUCAACUCGGUCUACAUGGUGUUUACUUUCUGCGGCCAACUGUUUGGAACAGCGGUGGGAAACAAGCUGUAUGCGGAUGGCGGAUGGAUUAACAGCGGUGCUCUGUCCAUUGGUUGCGUAGGAGGGGCUCUGGUGAUUGUUCUUCUUCGAGGGCCGCAUGAGAAAGGCUGGAUAGGCUGGAGUGGCGGCUGGGAAGUGAGAGCGAAGAGGUUG